AAGGCGCCAAUGACAACUUCUUCCUCAGUUACUCCUCCCAAACCUCGGCUGCCUUCGCUUCGCUUCCAACCCCAUCGACACUUCCCAGCACGCUAGCUAGAUCCUCCUCCGCCCCCGUCUCCUCCAUCCAUCCAUCCAUGGCCGAUACCCAGUCCCAACCCGAGGUCCUGGCGGAGUCCGUGCGGAUCAACGGCGCUGCGGCGGAGGCCACGCUCUCGGGCGGCGAGCUGGCCUGGCGGCCCGGCGAUGGCGGAGGGAUCCAGCGGCAGCUGGAGCUGGAGUCGGAGGUGCUCGGGUGCCGGGUGGAGGGGAGGAAGCUCAAAGUCGCGAUCUUCGCGAGCAGUGGUGGAGAUGGAGACGGCGGCGGGGCCAAAGGGGGAGGGGAAGGGACGAGGAGGCGGAGGGGAGAGGUGGUGUUGGAGAUGGAGAGCGAGGACGCCGCAGCGCGGUGGGGGGACGCCAUGAGAGAUCGCCUCGCCUCGCUUGGCCGGCCAAAGAGAUUGUUCAUUAUAGUGAACCCAUAUGGUGGGAAGAGAAGCGGGAGGAGUAUUUUCCAAACCGAGGUCCUGCCUCUCAUUGAAGCUGCUGGCAUUCUUUACACAAUCCAAGAAACCAAUCAUCGCCUUCAUGCUCAAGAGAUUUCCCGUUCACUGGAUCUUAGGAAAUAUGAUGGGAUAAUUUGUGUCAGUGGAGAUGGUGUCCUAGUAGAGGUGGUUAAUGGUCUUCUGCAAAGGAAGGACUGGGAAACAGCAAUAAAAGUGCCACUUGGGAUCAUCCCAGCAGGUACUGGAAAUGGAAUGGCAAAAUCUCUAUUGCAUGCCGCUGGUGAACCCUUCUCUAUAUCUAAUGCUGUGUUUGCAAUAAUCAGAGGUCAUAAACGUGCACUUGAUGUUACUUCUGUUGUGCAGGGGAAGACAAAGUUUUUCAGUGUCCUGAUGCUUACAUGGGGCCUGCUAGCUGAUGUUGAUAUUGAAUCAGAGAAGUAUAGGUGGAUGGGAAGUGCUCGCCUUGACUUUUAUUUCCUGUUCCGCACGCUCAACCUGCGACAGUACAAUGGGCGUGUCCUUUUUGUUCCAGCCCCAGGAUAUGAAGAAUUUGGUGAUCCUGUAGAGCAACAUACCAGCAGUAAAUCCAACGGGGUUAAGAAUGGUGUCCAAGAAGACAAAGAAAAUGACAGUAAUGGCGAAACGUGUGGUUAUGCAGGCCCAUCGAUCGAAGAAGCUGAUCUACAAUGGAGAUCACUGAACGGUCCAUUUGUUUCAGUUUGGCUCGGCAAUGUUUCUUUCGCUAGUGAAGAUGCCAUGGCAGCACCAAAAGCAGAGUUUGCAGAUGGCUACUUGGAUGCAGCUAUAAUCAGGGACUGCCCGCGGUGGGAUGUUCUUGGGCUGAUGUUCCAGAUGAAGGACGGCGCCUACGUUAACUCGCCAUACGUGGAGUACUUCAAGGUGAAGGCUUUCCAGAUCGAGCCAGGCCUGCGUGUCGGCAGCAGCACCAAAGGCGGCAUCAUCGAUUCCGACGGGGAGGUCAUCGCGAGGGGCGACGGGUCCCACGCCGGGCAUGAGCUGGAGCAUCCGAUGGCCUACGGCCCACCGAUCCAGCUGACGGUGGAUCAGGGGCUGGCAACCAUCUUCUCCCCGAGAUGACGAUUCUUUCUGUUCCGCAAAGCUGCGAUUUUACACCCUUGAUUUCAUCCUGUUCUUGCCUCCUCGCGUCUGAAACCGUCUGAAAAUACUCACACCACAAUGCAAGAGCCAAUGUCUGUCGAGAUUCGUUAUUUCUACACGUACAGUGUACUGAUGGUGUGAGAAAUGAGAACUGCGCGAUAAUCCUGAUUAGAAUACAUGAUUUUCUUUUUGCAACCUGCAUAAGAAUUGAAUCUCCUCCUGUUAAAUUCGUGUGUAAAUUGCAUUACUGGGUCCAAAACAGACCUCAGUGCAAAUAAACACUUGUGAGCUAGGCUUCUCAAAGAA